AUGGCAUCUGCUCGAGCGUUUGCUAUUUUUAACAACCAAAAUCAAGCCAACGGAAAUCAAUUCGCGGGAAAAAAUAUUCAAUCGCUGAAAGGAAACGAACCGCGAUCCACAUCCGCUUUUGCACUGAAAGAUCUAACCAACAAUAACAAGACUCAGCGUACCAUUGCACACCAAGAUGGCAAAGGCAAAGGCACGCAGGAAAAACAGAUCAAAUCAGCCACGAGGGGCAUUUUGCAUAAAAUAGGGCUAAACAACGAAAAAGCUGCGCCUCGCAAACCGUCCCACAGUUCCUAUGAUGUGUUCUCCCCGCAAUACGCUGAAUACGCCUGGGAACAAGCGUCCUGUCUUCGGGAUGAUCUUCUGGAACAGAUGAUCGAUUUCAAUGGAGUAUCGUGUAACGUCAAGCGUAAACCACUACCACCGGUCCGUCCGGAUCCGCUCGAUCUGCCGGACUUGGACGUUGAACCAUGGAUUGAGGAUGAGCUCUGGCCGAUGAAGGAACAACGGUUUUCGUCCGUAAAACCGUUGGAACUACCUGCCAAUGAUUUCCCACUAAUGGACAUUCAGGAUUUGGAGUUUAUGUUUUAG